AUGAGCGUCCCCACCGUCAAGCUCCCGAAUGAUUUUAUUUGGGGGUUCGCCACCGCAAGCUUCCAGAUUGAAGGCUCCACAGACAUUGAUGGUCGUGGAAAGUCCAUCUGGGACGAUUUCGCAAAGCAGCCUGGUAAGACCCUCGACGGUAGGAAUGGCGACGUCGCCACAGACUCGUACAAACUCUGGAGAGAGGACAUCGCACUCCUAAAGCAGUACGGCGCAAAAUCCUACCGCUUCUCUAUCGCCUGGUCUCGAAUUAUCCCCCUGGGAGGCCGAAACGACCCCAUCAACCGCGCCGGAAUACAGUGGUAUUCCAACUUCAUCGAUGAGCUGCUGGCCAAUGGGAUCACUCCGUUUGUUACUUUGUAUCACUGGGACCUGCCUCAGGGCCUUCACGACAGGUACGGUGGAUGGCUCAACAAAGAGAUCGUCGAAGACUAUGCCCAUUAUGCCAGGGUGUGCUUCCAGGCGUUUGGGGGCCGAGUUAAGCAUUGGCUGACAAUGAACGAGCCCUGGUGCAUUUCCGUACUGGGAUAUGGCCGUGGGGUCUUCGCGCCAGGGCGGUCAAGCGACCGCGACCGGUCACCCGAGGGCGACUCGUCGACUGAACCCUGGAUUGUUGGCCACCAUGUCAUUCUGUCACAUGCGCACGCGGUCAACGUCUACCGCACGGAAUUUAAGGCUCAGCAGGGCGGGAAGAUUGGGAUCACUCUCAACGGCGAUUGGGCAGUACCUUAUGAUGACGACCCUGCGAAUAUCGCGGCUGCGCAACAUGCACUAGACUUUGCCAUCGUUGCUUGGCUCCAGGAUCCUAUAUAUCUCGGAGGUUACCCGGAGUAUAUGAAACAGACGCUCGGGACGAGGCUGCCGGAAUUCACUCCAGAAGAAUGGGCGGUCGUGAAGGGCUCUUCUGACUUCUACGGAAUGAACACAUAUACGACGAACCUCACCAAGGCGGGGGGCGACGACGAGUUCCAAGGCUUGGUGGAGUACACGUUCACUAGGCCAGAUGGCACGCAGCUCGGCACGCAAGCCCACUGCGCUUGGCUCCAAACCUACCCUCAGGGAUUUCGCGAGCUAUUGAACUACCUCUGGAAGAGGUACCAAAAGCCGAUCUACGUCACCGAGAAUGGAUUUGCGGUUAAAGAUGAGCACAACAUGCCUGUAGAGCAGGCGCUGCAGGACGCGGAUCGGAUCGAAUACUUCCGCGGCAUGACUGGCGCGUUGCAGGCUGCGGUCGUCGAGGAUAGCGUGGAUGUCAAGGCAUAUUUCCCGUGGAGCUUCUUGGACAACUUCGAGUGGGCGGACGGCUACGUGACUCGAUUCGGGGUCACGUAUGUGGACUACGCGACGCAGAAGCGCUACCCAAAGGAGUCUGCGAAAUUCUUGAUCAAGGUAGGCGCACGCGGCGCGUGCGCUCCCCAUUCUAUUUCGAUUCAAACGUCCAGACGCUGA